GUUCGGUCAGAAUAGAAACUCGCAAACAUUGUGAAUUUGCCGCAGUCCGAGCAGUUAAGUGGUCUUCAGUUUUGCAUACAACAGGCGGAAUGGCUAACACCCUUGUGAUUUUAUGUUGUCUUGCAGUGGCUUCUGCAAUUGCUAAGCCUGCAACAAAUGAUCAAUUAGACAAGGUAACCGUAAACGACGUAGCCGCCAAUGCGGUAUCACCUGAUAAAAAAGCAGAAGAAAAUGAAGAGGAGAAGAAGGAUGGUGCAACGGUUCAAAUAACCGGUAUUACAACCGGAGUUGAAACUCCAGACCAAAUCCCGACUCUUUUCCAUCCGCAAAGGGCUGGAUCAAUGUUCGCAAGAUUUAUCGACGACAUCUUUCAAAUUCCCAUAAACGUUCUACAAAACGUGGCGAAGUUGAUAACGAGUCCAUUUACGCAAUCAAAAAAGACCCCUGAGGCAAGUGCCACAUCGUAAGGUUAAUAUAAGUUUCUUUUUGUAAAUAAUUUAGCUAUAGAUUUAUAAAUAUUAAGUAGACUAGACUUUAGGUACUACAAAUUGUUAUAAUAAAACUUCAUUCUUGUUACAAAGAUAAAUAAAUCAUUAACAAUUGAA